AUGCCAGCCAGCCUGGCCUUCAGGAUGCUCGCGGUAGGCACACGCGCCCACCAGUUAACAUUCCGCUCCUGCAACGGGAGCCACGUCAUCUAUGUAUGCGUGGGUUGCGGAAGCGCAUCGGACACGGAGCACAUGCAGGGGUGGUGCGACAGCAUCUCCUCCUUGGCAAGAACCCUCCAAACAACGGCAUGCGAGCAGGUAAAAUAUGACCGCGCAUUAAUGCAGGGUAAUUUACUUUUCGAUGCAGAAUAUGGCGAGCAGGAGAAGGGUUUCUCCAGGUUUAACUCCGUUUUUUACGAGCUCGUGCUGGAAGCGCCGUAG